AUGGUCAUCGUGAUAUGGAUCUGAUACGGCAUGAUAAUCCCUGAUUGGGGGACAAGGGUCGAAUUUUUACUGGCACAUGAAACGCCUCCGGAGUUAUUUCGCUUCGAUAUGGUAAAGCAUCUGCGGUGUAUGGGGCAUCUGAUAACUCUCUCGUUGAGUUCAAGCAUCGGUUGCUUUGAGGUUGUUUGGUGAAAUAUGGCGAUGGAAUCUCCCAUAGUGACCGCGCUUAGCUCUUGCCGGAUGAGAUAUUGUAGUUCAUCGAGGAAGGAGUAUUUCUUGACGUAUAAAAGAAUGAAAAUUAGCGAGCCAUCUUUUUACAUUUCGUGCACAGUUGCAGAUAUGAACGCCAUCAACAUCGUGGUCAAAACAACGGAAGAGGAAGACGAAGAAGAAGAGGAGGAAGAAGAAUUCGUGAAGUAUGGAGCCGUGGAUGAGUUUUAUGACCUCGAAAAAGAAAUUGGCAAAGGUUCUUAUGGCAUUGUUAAGAAGUGCACUCACAAGACAAAAGGAAACGUGUACGCUGCAAAAGUAAUCAAGACCGCUAACCACAACAUCAGGAAAACCGUGCUUCGAGAGAUCGAAAUCAUGCGCUCUCUUGGACCGCAUAACAAAGUUGUGGAACUGGUAGAUGCCUAUCAGACGCCGUUUGAAAUCGUCAUGGUCUUAGAGCUUGUCCAUGGAGGUGAACUGUUCGAGCGAAUCGUUGCUGAAGAGUACCUGAUGGAGGAUGAUGCUGUUGAUUACGUUAGACAAAUCCUUGAAGCUUUAAAAUUCAUGCACGAAAGGCAUAUUGUUCACCUGGAUCUGAAGCCAGAAAACAUUCUGUGUGUGAGCAUGGAUACCAAUGACAUCAAGCUUGUUGACUUCGGACUGGCCAGGAAUUUAGAUUCCGAUGAAGAGGUUAAAUCUUCCUUUGGAACCCCAGACUUUGUAGGAAUCUCUGCGGUAUACGGUGAAAUUUACUGUCGCAUUGUUUUAUGGCUUGAAAAUCUUCCUUUCACUUUUAAUGCUUUUGUCCCUCAUCACCAACACCUUGCUCUCAUUUUCAGUGAACGUUUUACAAUAGAAGAGUGUUUCCAGCACCCAUGGAUAAAGGACACGCACGACACAGGGACGAAGAUAAACACAGUAAAACAUAAGGCGUUCAUGGCGAAGAGAAGAUGGAAGAAAUCUGUAAAUGCUCUUCUAGCGGUACGCCGCAUGUCCUUAUCACCUCUGUCCGGCGCAAAACGAAGACGCUCCAUGGAUCCGUCAAUACUAAAGACAACUCCUGAGGGUGAAGAAGAUCAAACCAAUGACGCGGACAGAAAGGGAUCCGCACCAAUUGAUCCAUCGUCGCUUACUCUCCCACUUACCCGUCGCUUCGGGGAGACACGAAGUUCUUGUUUUGAUUUGGACAUGAAGACAAUAAGAGCAUUGCAGGAGAAAGCUGAUAAAGCAAUAGGGAAGAACUCGCAAAAGGAUGAAAACGAUAACGAUGACGAAAGUAGCUCGAGUAAUAGUGAUUUGGAUGAUCAUGAUGACGUUGAUCAUGACAAUGAUGAUGACGAUGAUGAUGAAAUUACCGACUUGAAUAACAGCCAUUCUGGCGGACCGGAAAACCCAAGAAGAGGGAGCGACAUAAACAAUGUAGUCUAUCGCGAGAGUUGUUCUUUUGAAAAACCCAGAGCAAACACUUUCUGUGGAACAACUUCACGUCAAAGAAAAAUCGCGCACGUGUCAAUCAACCUUGGAAAUACUUCCAAAACAGACUUUAAGCCAGUUUCGUUUUCUUUUAAUACGGACGAUCUGAGGAGAAAUGACAGACCAAUUUCGGAAUCCGUCACAACCAAAAACGCUCAAUCCCAAAAGAACGAUUCACAGCAGGAUUCUUUUACGAAUGCCGGAAAUCGCUCUAAAGACACAGAAGAUUCAUCGCUCUCGACAAAGCCAGUCGAUAAAGCUCGCAAAGGCAAUUUUAAGCCGCAGCAAUUAACGUUGCAAUUGGAUAAAUCGGUUGUCAAUGACAAACCCACGAACUCAACAGACGACCAUCACGAAGAGCUGCCGACAAUCUGUGUAAAUGACGAACUCUUUCUUACCAGUCCUCCACCAACUUCAUUGACUUUUAAUAACAACAUCGAGAAGAUGGACCGACAAGAAUUGAUGUCGACACAACCAUCGCUCCAGAACACUUCUGGCCGGAACAUUGCAAAUGUCAAUAUAAUUCCAGAUGGCGUUCAGGCCAUCACGGUACAACUGGGAAAUUUGAACGGGUUACAAUUAAAACCCAAACAGGUUUCUUGCAGCGUGAGUCGAUCUUCGACCGAAUCUGCUCCCUGCUGAUCUGGCAGCUACUGGAUUAAAAGUGAAUUAAUGUUAAUUAUAAUUAGCACGAAUGAACACUUCCCCAGAAACUUGUUACUAUAAGUGCUUCUGGGGUUGUUUGAAGCAAUCGCUGGUAAAUGCAAAAUGGCGGCAAAUUCAAGGACAGUCCACACCAAUUUCGUCCUCAGGGCCU